GUACUAGAGAAGGUGUGCACUCACAAGGAACUCGAUUCAAAUGAAUACUCUUUGCUACGCAAUGACCGCCCAGUGGACCUCAGUCUCUCGCUUCGACUGUCAGGCAUUCCACUGAACAGUGAACUGCAGCUGGUUGCCGAUGAGAAGAAGAAGAAAGCAGGGAACCAGGGCGUGAACAUUUCGGUGCAGUUUGGCGAUCGCCAACGACGGACGGGCGACUUUUCCAGCACACAAACACUGCUCGCUGUCAUUGAGACGCUCUUUGCCGCCGACUGUCCGGAGGUGUCCGAUGAUCAGCUGCUACUCUCCAUCAACUACCUCAAUCGACAGUUUGAGGGACGGGAGGUGCUGGCCGCCACGACACUCAAGCUGAUGGGCAUCACCAGUGGCCGGCAGCUGCUGCGACUUCACGCCAGACCAAAGGACGCCAAAGUGGAGCAGAAGUUUACGGAGAACUUUAAGUUCAAGACGCCGGUUCCCAUUAAAACUGCUACUGAGAAUGUAGUUGCUUCUAAGACUGAGGAGGUUCACAAAGUGGAAAAAAAUUUGGAUAAGAAAGAGGAGGAGAAAGGUUCAUCACUGCCCGAGACAAAGCACAUUGAAGAGAAGCAUCAGCCGGUUGAUCUAUCUCAAAAGCCGCCGAGUACCUCCUCUGCUGCUGUUCAGGGAAAGUCGCUCCUGGAGCAGUUCAAGGCGAUGAAGGAGGAUGCUAGAAAGAAUAAAGGAAGUGCUCCUUCCUCUAGUGGACCAAUCAUGACCACCACAGUGAACGCCGACUCGUUGAAAGAAGUUAAAUACCUCGGCGGCGAUCACGAGGAGAUACUGUACUCGAUUGCCGAGGCGCCCGCCUUUGUCGAGCAGCAGGAGGCUGAUGACUUUUACGAGCACACUGUCAGCGACCUGAAGACACUGCUGAAGCAACUGAAGCGAGAACAGUCCGGUGGCACCGCCGUUGAGCCGAUGCUGGAGACGGAGAAGCUGCGUGAGGAGCGCCUGCAGCGAGAGCGUGCCAAGUACCCGAAAACGAUCAUUCGUGUUCUCUUUCACGCCGACCGUCUGGUGCUACAGGCGCUCUUCAAGCCCACGGACACCGUCGCCGAGCUGAUGGCCAUGGUCGCCCGGUACAUCACUGCCGAUUGCAGCCCCGGCAGCUUUCACCUCUUUACGGCGCCGCCCAAGGUGAUCCUCUCCCCGGAGACGAGCCUCUUUGAUCUGAAGCUGGUGCCAUCUGGCCUGGUGUACUUUGGCUCCACUGCAGCCGGCCCUACCUCUCCUGUGAUCUCGCCUCAGUUUAGCGGCAACCUGGUGACACCCUAUGCUGUGGCCGCCAAUUUGUCGCUCCACCAGCUGAAGACUAUCUGCCAGAAGGCCAAGGAGCAGCAGCAGCAAAACUAG